AUGUCCACUCCGGGAGAACGGAAGUUCUCCCAAAAACUAAUGGGACUAGAGGCUUGCAACCUGCCCAUUGGUUUUAAAAUUUUUAAGCAAAACACAGUAACAGAAAAGAGUCUCCUGACUCCGGAGGAAAGCCUGAAGAUCAAGUACGACGUCAUCGGACUGACCGAGACGAGACGACGUCACCCUCUCAACGCCGUAUAUGAAACUGGAGAAGAAUUGUUCUUAGGAACAUGCGACAGUAGAGAAGUUGGUGGAGUUGGCGUCCUCGUCAACACGAGUAUGGCAAAGAACAUCUACUCUUUCGAACAACUUACGACCCGAAUCGGACGUCUGUGGAUGAGAAGAUGUGGUUCAACACCAACUUUGACUAUCUUCAUCGCUUACGCUCCAACAUCAAGCUACGAUGAAGAAGAAGUCGAAGCUUUCUAUAUGGACCUGGAGAAGUUCUACCGAGAAGAUCAUGGCUUCUACAAGGUCAUAAUUGGCGACUUCAACGCCAGAGUUAGCCCAAGAAGAACGCCGGAAGAACUUCACAUCGGGACCCACGGCCUAUGA